CAGUUUCAGUUGAUCCUAGGAUUUGUUCUGUAAAAUUUGGAUUCAGUCAAAAGGCCGCACUUAAGGACCUAGAAGGCCACAGGUUCCCCACCCCUGAGUUAGAGGGAAAAAAUUAGUUUUGAACAGUAAAUAAUUGGUGUAUAUAUCAUCAGAAAUUACACAAAUCAUACCUUUAAAUAAUAAUGUUUCAUAUUGAGUUUUGUGUUCAUUUGUGGGUACUUUUUAGAAAAAUACUUUCUCCAUUCUGGAGAAUUUUUGUUUACAAAAUAAAUAUUCUCUAAUUUUUGUUGUACCUAAAAUGUGUUCCAUAAUCAUAACAAUCAUGUAUACUAAGAACUUAACUCUACCAGAGGCAAAUAUUUCAGCCAGUUUCUAAGAUGGUAUGUCCAGCAACGAAACUAACUUGGUAUUUAAUCUGAGUUUUGUAUCUGAGGUCCCAUGCCAUGCAUACUUUCUGAUGCGGGCACUCACAUUACUAAAGAGGAUUCAUGCACAUCGUGAAGGAGUCUGAAGAAACAUUACCACAUGUACAUAUGUGUUUAUUGCAAUUAUGUAUCAGCUUAGAAACUGGUAAAAGAUUGAAUGUAAAGAAAAAGAGAAAUUGUGCAAAAUAGAAAGUCUAAAACAAUGAAAGGAUAAAUGUAUAUCCAUGUUUGCAGCCUUGCAGAGCCAUAAUUAAAGUUUUCUGAACCUAGGACAAGCUACUGAACUGUGCCCCCACACCCAAAAAUAUUAUAAAAUUCUUGUAUUGUAUCAGUUUUGCACAUUGGAAUAUGAUUUAUUCAUAUUUUGACCUAAUUUUUAAUUUUGUGGCUCUAUAUGCACCUAGGGUGAGUGCCCCACCCUUGUUACGACUCUGCAGCCUUCUAGUAAUCUGCAAACAAUUCUUGGAAAAGUACAAAUUGUUGAUGUGUAGCGAAGUUGACAAUUUGACCUGGACACCUUUCGAUAUCAUCACCACUUACACUACGGAGAAGUUUUAUUGCAAGUAAUUGGAAGUUCGUGCGUUAAUGUACAGAUUUACGUGAUCUGUAGCCAGAUUAUGAUUAAAUGUUUAGAUUGUGGCAUUGUGCAUAAUAUUCACUUUAGGAAGGGAAAUGAUGGACGCAGUACUCCUACGGCUCCACAUACAUUUGCGCCGACCUGAAAGUACCAACAUUAAAUUUAACUGAAUUCAAAUAUACCCGAAGCACGAUCAAUUGCUGUUGGACACAAAUACGACAUCUCUUGGAAGCAGUGUUAUACUAAUGUUAAGACGGGUUCAGUUUCGACGGCUGGACAGGACAGUGUCGCCAAUACAUCGAAGAAAAUUCUACCAACACAGCAGAUAAACUAUGUAGAAUGUACUAAAAAUUCGCACGUCAUCUGUUUCUAUGAUGUCACUGCCCACUAGUGGGUCGUUAUUGAAGUUGGUGCUAUUUGGCGGUGUGGCGUUAGGUGUAUGUUGAAAUCUUGCAGUUACUUUGACACAUUGUUUUUCCGGUAUAUUUUAUUUGUUCACCAGUACUAGUGUGUUCAUCAUAAAUAUGGGAAUCACAUGGCUAUUGGAAGUAUAACGUUAUAAAUACUCAUGUUUCAAUUUUGACAAGUACUUUCAACAAUUAAGCCCCUGGCUGUACAGUGUUCAACAUGGCUUCAUCGAAUAGGGCCAUACAUAUAGGUUCGGCGUGGUUUCAACGCAAAGUCAACCUUAGGCCGCAGCAUAGAGGAAUUCAUUUAGUAACGGAAGAAAUUCUAAGGCAAAUGCCUGAAAUAUGUCAAUUUUCAGUCGGAUUAUUUCAUGUACAAAUACUCCACACUUCGGCUAGUUUAGCUCUCAAUGAAAGUUGGGAUCCAGAUGUAAGGGAUGACAUGGAAAUGAUGUUAAAUAAAAUAGUGCCUGAGGAUUUACCUUUUAGACACUGUUGUGAAGGUCCUGAUGACAUGCCAGCUCACGUGAAGGCCUGUUUCUUGGGCUCUUCGCUCACAAUUCCCAUCACAGAUGGAAAACUCAAUCUUGGCACCUGGCAGGGCAUCUGGUUGUGUGAACAUCGAGACCACGCUGGGUCACGCAAGGUGGUUAUCACUGUUAACGGUUGCCUCAGAGACUCUAGUCGGAGCCCGCUGAGUCCCGUAUCACCAAUGGCCUCCACGAGUAGUUAAGGGUCCCGCACAUUCACUGCUCUGGUAGCUAUUUAACAGCAUUUCAGGCUGUUUGAUUAAAAUGGGGUAAUAGUAACGGGGCUUCUCUGUCUUUCUGGCAAGAAAUACAUAGAAUAAGUGAAACACCAUUUCAUUUGAUCUGGGAUAUGUUUGGUUCAGUUGGAGAAUUGUGUGUUGUCCCAUGUGGUAUAAGGGUAAUAGUCUAACACAUACACACAUUCUCAUUUUACACACACACACACACGACAAAGUCAGUGGGACGUAACCUUGUCGGGUCAUCUCGUGCCAGGUGACGGAUAUUACGAGUGAAAGAUGCCCGGGGAAUUGAAGUUUUCCCUCGUGACAUGAGCAUGUGGUGCUGCACCAUCAAGAGAAGGUGAGAAGGGGAAGCAUUUUUAAUGGACCAAAAGGGUUCUGUUUCUUGCUAAGCAAGAGAUGUUACCAGGAGCUGGGAAAGGAAUCGUCAAAGAUUUGGCCUUUCACUGCCACAGCAAAAGAAGUAUACUUCAUUUUGUGAAACACAGAUCGUAAAACAUAUGCACUGUAUUUGGUGUUCCACUCUACGAUAUGAAAGCAGUUAUGCAUGUUAGGAUUGUUCCACAUAUUUGCAAGAAAACCAAAACCAAACAAAAUAUUUCUACACUUGCAUUAUCAAGCCCUAAAUAUUGCAUCAUAUUUUAUUAGUACUCAUAAUUGCAUUCUUCUGUCCUCUGUUACUGUGUCACAAUAAUGAAAUUAAGUUGUUGUUGUUUUUUCUUCCAGUAUGUAAAGAUAUCAUUUACUGCAAUGUAAUUUUGCUCACUGUGCGGAUUUUAAGAAACAUUGUACGCUGGUGCAUGUCACUAGGUAGAGAAUGUUUUGUUUUGCCAGGGUUCAUUUCAUGUUUGGUUUGCUGCAAGCUUGAAACAGAUGGAGAAGAAUAAUUCCUUCGUACCUGAUACUUUAAUCCCACUGAUGAUUGUAAGAAUUUUGUAACAUUUUUCCAUACCAGAAUGUUGUUAACUUCAAGAAACAGUCAUGUAUUUUUUUUUUUUCCUGGAAGAAUUGUGGUUUCCCUAAACAGAAUGGCACUUUGGUCAGAGAAAGAAUGUGCAAACACAGUAGCCAUUAAAAACCUUCCAUAACAAUGAACAUUUUGUGACAAACAAAUGGCAACAGAAUUGCAAUAUGUAAACUUCAUUUGGAUUCAUUAUUUCUCAGGAGCUCAUUUCGUUUAUCUCGAUGCCUCGGGAGACGUAUUUCUGCUUUUGAGGUCUCUCUUUUGUAAGUUAAGGAUUAGUGAUGUCCUGUGUGGCAUUUUCUUUUGUUUGUAAGUGAAGAAUAAUCAUUAUGGUCACAAACGUAGGUCUUCCACAUUGUAUAGUACUUAUAUUGUAUGAUACACAUAUUUCAUAUUACGAGGGUCUGGAGUGCAGAUGCGUUUUUGUUUGUGUGAUUCAGUCCUCUGCUUCCUGCUGGCAGGUAUUUGCACUUCACAUGAUCCACUUCAGUAGUUGUACCUGUGGAAGAAGCAACUAUCAUAUAUAUAUCACAGGUAGACACAAGAAGGAGUCCUACCUCAGUUUAUAAUUUACUUUAUUCUAAGCGUAAGACAAGUACUGAUUUGUUCCCUCACUUAUAUAUACAGAUCUCGAAAUGAUGAAGGGCAUAGGAGAACAGAAAAGACCAUGAGUUAAUCUUAGUUGCUGAUGUUUUUGAUUUGUUCAGCAUUCCAUUUAUGCUGUUUGUCGGAAGAAGAGUUUGGGCCAUGUACAUAGUAUGUCUUUCAUUAUACUUAGUAUUCCAGAGUAGCCUUUUUUUUUUUACCCAUUUGGAGCUCUUACUACUUCUAUAUCCAACUUUUGCUUGUAGUCUUGAUAUUUUCUCAAAUUUUGAACUAUGUUUUAUUUAGAGGGCAAUACAAAAACUAUCAACAACUAUUUUUCUUUGUAAUUUGUUAUUAUUUGUUUGGUACAUUUAAAGUUUUUACAUACUCUCCACUCUCCCUGCUUCUCAGUGCACUUAGCCGAGUGGUCCACGAGUUUUCUUGUACCAUAAAAAGAGCUUUUCUGGUUGAGUGCAGAGCCAGUCAUGCACCAGUUCCUUUGUCAUCUGCAAAUCAGCAACCCCUCAAAGCCUCCUUCAGAGAUCCAAACAAAUAAAAUCAGAAGCUGCGUGUUCCUGACUCUGGUGGGAGGUGAAGAGCUCCACAUUUCAGUCCCCGAUGUGUUUCGUGUGGGCAUCAUUAUGCGACAUAAGAUCACCCUGUGACAAUCUUCCUUUUUUCAUACUGAGCUGAUAAACCACCUGUGAAUUUCAACUCCUUUCAUUCCUCUGCCCAUAAAAGACUAACCACGAUCCCCUCUUCUUCCUCGGUGCAAAUCAACUAUGGUGUGGCCGUGUUCAGCUGGGUGCACCGAGUCCAAGGUCACCUUUAGUGUUUUAACUUGAUGACUCACGAGUUUUAGUGCUGUCAAAUGUUGGCAGUGAAGCUUGCUCCCAUGGCAGGUAGAAUAGAAAAAUUGUGGAUACGUUUCUGAAUUGCCUUCUUACAUUUUAUUGACAAGGUGUUUUGUACUAAAUACAAAUUUUGAGCCAUGCCAUUGUAAAUUUUAUGCAAAAAUUUUCAACAUUAUCAUAGAGACGUCAAGAUUAUAUUCUAGGUUUUAGAUGAAACAUUUUGUAUAAUUGCUGUAGGCUGGCAUACAUACUUUCAUUUCUCUUUCCAUGAAUUGAACUGUUUUUAAUGUAUGCAAGGGCAUUACAUGUUAUUUUUACUGAUUAAUUGAAGUAUGCAGAAGCACGGUGUAUUAUGGUGGGAGUUGUUGGACUGGCACUGUAGCCACGGAACAAGUGAGACAGUCUUGCCAGUGCAGGUUAAUUUAUGAGCAUAAAAACAAUUUUUCUGCAGGGAAGACACAAAAUUAAAAUGCUCUUCAUUAUUGUAUGAAGUAUUGAGCAACUCUGCAUCUCCACAUAAGGUAAAAAGCUACAAAGUAAAAGUCGCCGAUAGCUAUAUGCAUGCAGCAGCCAUUACAUACAUUUUGGUGUUGGCAUGUCGCAGAGAAGUUCUGCCAAAAAUUGUUUUUGUGCUACGAAAACCUAAAUAAAGCUGCAUAUUUGAAAACAUAUAAAUAAGAAUUAUAUUACAGUCACAUAGCAAUGCUAGUGAAUUUAUUGACAGAAUUUGGAGUUAAUUUUCUGGUUCUAUGCAGUUUACGGAAUCCAGAAGCAGAGGGUGUUACACAACAUAUAAAGGUGUUGCACACGACUAUUUUUAUUUUGUGCGUGAGCAUUAAGGUGUUGAGUCCUAUAAACUAGAACAUCAAAAUUAAAAUUGAAGAUUGUAGAGUUGGGUCCAGAAAAUUAUUUUCUCCAAAUAUUUAGAUAAAAUUUCUGUAGUUUAAUAUAUAUUUUAUCUAAAUAUAAAUAAUGAAAAGUCAUGUGUACAACACCUCUAUAUGUUGUGUUAACACACUUCUGCUUUUAGUAGUAUUUUUUGUUUGAGGGGGGUAUAGGGCCUGAACAAGGCCCAUUGAAGCUGAGACGUGUAUCUUGUAAUUAAUACUGAAUGCUGUUUUGUGUGAUGGUAAUGUAAUUUUUAUAUACUUUCAAAAAGAUACUCACUACCUGAUUGAAUUCAUGAGAGGCUGCUUAUUACUUUGUUACAUGUGUAUAACAUUGAAAAACACUGAAAAUUUAUAACAGUUGCCACAAAUAUUUAAUGUACUCCACCGUUCUUUGAUAGGAAGGGUUCUGAGAACAUGAUACAGGCCAAAAACAUUAUGUUAAAUGGCUCUGUCUUUCGGCAGUAAUAUGAAGGAGUGUACCUGCAUUGUGCUGCAUAAGAGUACAGCCUCCCACCUGUUUCCUCGCCACCUCACAGGAAUGGCACACAUGCAUUGGCAGGAAGCCUCAAUAUUAUGUGCAUUGUUUACAUUGAGUCCAAGUUAACAGUAAAAGAAUCUGCCUCUUGGCCAAUAGCAAUAUGUAAUGCUUUUUUUUAGUCAGAGAGUAUACUCUGAACAAGCAAGUUUAAUUCAAAUCAUUUUUCCAUUUUAAGGAGACUAAACAUUUGUGAUAUUUGUAUUAAGUUUUGUUGUGUUUGUAGAUGGCCUAAGAUAUGCCCGAGAUAAAACACUGAUUUUCUUAUGUUAAAGGUAUAACCUACUGGAAAAGGUCAAGGAUGGUGAUGGCUUUUUUCUGGUCUGUAGAACCAUAUAUUGUGACGGGUGUUUUAUCAACAUUUCAGAGGUUCUUGCUAUCUCCAUCAUCAGGGUGAUGAAACAUUGGUAAACAUCUACCUGACUACGUGGUACUACAACCCAGCAAAAAGCCAUUGCGUACUCACUGCUGUGAAAAUCCUGUGGGAUUUGUUUGUAAAGAGUAGUAAUUGUUGCAGUAUGCUUUCUUUUGUGAAGAGAAAUAAUAGUUGCAAUAUGGAUUUGAUCGAACGUUAUGGUUUCUCUUUGAAGAAGUACUAAUACUUCAGUGUGAAUUUGGUCCAAUAUUAUUGUUUUGUGCUUUUGGGUACAAGGACCAUUUGGCUAGUUCCAACCCAGUCCAGUACCCCGUUUUUACAGAUUGUCACCCUGCUCAAAGAGAUUGAUUUUUGAAUGCGGAAAUAACGCGACAGUGACCGUACUUUGAAUUGACAAAGAAAAUGUUCAUCUGAUAUUGUAUUCUCUGAUCAUUUCUUCAUGUAAUUAGAGUUUCUAAUGCAUUUGUCUCUCAUGAUUGUCUGUUGCUUAAUUUGCAUAGCUUGGGUCUUGUGUUUGUGGUGAUAUUAAAAUUUGCAAUUGUUACUGCAUCGUUUCAACUGUCGUGCUGGCCAUUCGCGCAGUGUUCUGUUAUUCUGACUAUAUAGCUCCUCUAUAUCUACUUAUUGAACAUGUGCAGGAGAAGUAUAACUGUUGUAUGUGAAGGACGUUUUCCUCGGAGUUUUUGUAAGUGGAAUUUUUUUGUGUAUGGUGUAGGGUUGUGUUUUUCACAUGACCUGGCAUUUUGGUAGCUGUGGCCUUAAAAACAUAAAGUCCAAUUUUGUAUUUGUUUGAAAAAGUUUUAUUGAAGCCUGUAAUCACUAAAUGGAUGGGCCAUUGGGUCCAUGAUCCUCUGCUUGAAACUGUCUCUCAUUGCUGAUAACCUGAGCAUCUCUCAUAUCAUUAAUAGAGCUAUUUAGAAAUUCUUGCUGCCAUUACUGCAUUGCUCAUCAUUUCAUAGACUGGGAUAAUAAAGUGGCGGUAAUUUUAUUAAAUGCGCUGUGUUAAGUGUGCUAAGAAAAAUCAGAACAUCAUACAUAACCUGAUGACUGAGACUAAUGCAGAAUGCGUUUCACGCGUGUUAAUGUAGGUGAGGCUGUGGAGCUCGAUGUCCUGAUCACAUUAUGCCGACCAGCUGUUGUUAUUUCAGUCAUUUAUUGAGUUGACUUACGAUUGAAAAUGGAAUGAUGGUCUUUUAUCUGGUUGGCGAACAUUUUCUAAUAAUGUGAUCAGAAUAAAUAUACAGAAGGGCUGUUUCCCCCCCACCCAUUCUUGAAAUAACUUCACUGCGUGUGUGUUGUCCCAGUUUAAACACUGUUCUUUAAGUUGAGCUGUUCGGAACCUUGGGCAGAGUAAUGUAUGCUUAAUGGAGACGGUACCUUUUUUUCCAUAUGAUAAACUCCCUGCACUGUGUACAUGUUUAACCCAUUUGCUGCUCAUAUCAUAUAUAUUAACACAUUCUGUGCCAAUUAAAGGGGUUAAUUUUGUCAUUGUUCAUGGUAAAAACUGUAUUGAAGCCCAUUUUAAAGUAUUCAUAUUUUUAUAUAAUGGUAUAUCUGCAGACCCACUGUUGUGUAUGAAACAUGUUUAAUUUUUUGUAUUCAGCCACAGAUUGGAUGUAAGGAGUAUGAUGAUGCAUUGCGCAGCUGCUACUUCUUCUUCUUGACGGCUUUUAUGCUUCAUGCAACCUGCUUUUCUUGUCUGUCAUCUUGAUCAUUGUCAUUUGCACUUUAUAAGUUCGCUAUUUGAAUGUGAUUAAAGCUGUGUAUUUUUACUUUGCUGAGCUCGUGAAAUGUGACAUGAGGAGAGCCAUGGAAAACCUCAGGAUGUACAGUCUCCAGGCUAAUAUUUGAACCUGCCUUCCAGAUACGAAGCACUUGGACAUGACAUUGAGUUUGAAUAAAAUUAGAACAGAUGAAAUGUAUGUAACUGAAAGGUACACGUGACUGAAAAAUGCACAUAAAGUAAGUGGCAGUAUAAAAAUAAUUUGUUGUGAGCUUUUUUGUUCUGGAUUCGUAUUGUUAUUGCUUGCAGAGUUCCAUGUAAUUUCUGACAACAGUUAAUGGCAAUAAUUUAAAGAAUGUAAAGGACAUUUGUUUUGGUCAUCAGAAUCGAUUCCAUUGUAAUUAAUUAACAUUGAUCUGAUCAUCUGUAUUUGGUAGGUAUGGGAUUGCAGUGCAUCGUGAUUCAUAUAUACUUUUUUAUAGUGCUAUAGUUGAAUUCAGAUUGCCCAGAAAAUGUAAUUGCAUUGCAUUAAUAAAAAUUUGUUUCAGUGAAACACAGUAAAGAUUUGUCUCGUGAGUUUAUAAUUUACGUUGGUUUGAAGGUAGAUAAUGUAUUAUUCCCGUUGCUUUGAAAUGUUGCUGUCUCAUUUACCAUUAUGAAUGUGUGGCAUAAUCAAAAAGUAAAUUUAAGAAAAUAGAGCAAAUUGGCUGGUGUUUUUGGUGGUCAUGGCCCAAAUUCAACACAAAAACAUAUUCUCAUGUUUUAUUAUAGCAGGCAUAGCAAAGUUAGGACAGUGAACUCGGCGAUUAGAAAGUCAAGAGCGAGCUACUUAUCAGCUGCAGUGACAUUGUGCAGUUAUUUCAAAUGAUGAGUCAUAGCGUUGCACAAAGAAAGUUGUUUCUUUGGAAGAACAUUCUGCGUCUGUGCCUAAUACACUGAAUUUAAAUUUUGUUUGUGUACAACUUGUAAUCACAGGUUUAGUUGCUUAUAUACUAAUGCUGGGAGAUUGGUCAUGUUAUGUUAAUUUGUGUCUUCCAGCAAUACUAAUAACUCGUAAUAGACCAAACUUUCGUUCUUGUCGCUAACCAUGGCUAUUAUUGCUGUCAGUGUCAUUCUUUCACUUGUUUCUUUAUGUAUUCGUGGUAUGCUUUCGGUUGUUUCCAUAUGAUGGCAGAAUCCUUCACCUCUCUUUUGCCAUUUCUAUGAAUGUUCAUGUGAAAGAUGUCAAAUGUGAGGGCACGUGUCCUGUUGGCAAUAUAAAUAAAACUAUGGGCAUACGAAAAGGGUUUAUUGGUACAAUAUUUUUGUUAGUGAGUGACAGAAUGUGAGUUUUUAAACCAAGUUGUAUGGCACAGUAGCUCUGUGCUUGUAGGAUUCUUCAUUAUGGCUUAUUUGUGAAUUUACUAUAUUCUGCUGCUAUAAAUACUUUUGUUACAGAUGUUUCUAAAUAUGAUUAUUGCCUGGUAUAGUCUGCUCAUAUAUGGAGGGCGGAAGGAAAAUCUUUGGGCAAACCGCCAUUGCAUUGCCAAUGUUAUUUGUUCAAAUGCAUUUAGAAAUUCAUUACAAGAAGCAAGGUAACAGAAAAUGGGAAAACUAUGGUUGGAGUGAGAAAUUAUUAAAAGCAGAAAGGAAGCUGGAUGUCUCAGUUGAGUUGUAGACUUAUUUGGCUUCAGAAGUCUGUAGUGUGAAUGGAAAGUUCAGUUUUAUUUCUCAUAUUUGUGUUUAUUAUGUUUGUACUUCAUUCCAUGGAGAUAAUAUUGUGAAAAAUAUAUAUAUAAUUACACUUUAA